AUGAGCCUUAAUCCCUCUACGGUUGCGCCGGAGGCGGAGCCCUGGCCGGAGGCGGAGCAGGAGCCGGGGUCGAGGUCGAGGUCGGAGGGGCCGGAGGCUGGGCCAUGGCCGGACGCCGAGAGCCGGUCGCAGCCGCCCGCAGGGCCGGGCUCGGAGCCCCUCCCGGCCGCGAAGCCAGAGCCGGAGCCGCUCUCGGUGUGGGAUCCGGGACUGGAGGCGCAGCCUCUGCCGGCGUCGGAGUCUGAGAAUCAAGUGCCCCAGAGGCCCCGCUGCCACACCGACUGCCUGGAGGCGCCGCUCUCCCGGGCCUUCCGGCGGCUGGGGUGGGAGGUGGGCUCGCACCCCUGGAUCUUCCUGCUGCUGCCCAUGGUUUUAACGGCCGCUCUAGGCACUGGCCUGAUUUACCUGCCCAAGGAUGAAGAAGAAGACCUCGAGGAGCAGUACACCCCCAUAGGGAGCCCCGCCAAGGCUGAGCGACGCUUCGUGCAGGGAUAUUUCACCGCUAACGACUCUAAUGUCUUCUCCAUUUCCAGGAAGAGCACCGAGGUCAAUUAUGCUUCCAUCCUAGUGGUCUCUAACACCAACUCGCUGCUGGAACGAGAAAUCUUAUCAGAAAUUAGUAAAGUGGACGACGCGGUGCAGGCUUUGUCUGUGACACAGGAAAACGGAACCCAGAUCCUCUACAAUGAGGUGUGCUCCAAGAAUCAGGGCUACUGUGUACCCUCCAACCCACUCUUGUUCGCCUGGAAAACGAACAGUGACCUCAACCUGAAAAACAUCACCUUCCCCAUCUACAGCCUAGCCGGUCAAGUCGUCUACCUGGCCAACAUCCUUGGAGGAACUGUUGUAGGCGAGAGUAUGGGACUGAGCCAGUUACUCCUGAAGGCCAAAGCCAUGCGGCUGCAGUACUACCUGAAGACCGGUGAAGGAGAGGACAACAAACGAAGCAAGACGUGGCUGAACCAUUUCCUGAGCCAGGUUGGCAACCUUGAAAAGAGUCUGGCCUUGAAGAAGAUCCAGGUGGUCUACUUUACAUCACUUUCUAGACAACUGGAAUUUGAGGCAACUUCUAUGACAGUGAUCCCCUUGUUUCACCUGGCAUACCUUCUAAUCAUAUUAUUUGCGAUCACAUCAUGCUACAGGUGUGACUGUGUACGAAACAAAAUGUGGGUUGCGGCCUUUGGAGUGAUUUCUGCUGCCUUGGCAGUGGUGAGCAGCUUUGGCCUGAUGUUGUACAUUGGGGUUCCAUUUGUGAUCAUAGUUGCAAAUUCACCAUUUCUUAUUCUAGGUGUUGGAGUCGAUGACAUGUUUAUCAUGAUUUCUGCCUGGCAGAAGACCAACCUCAUGGAUGGCAUAAAAGAGCGGAUGUCCAAUGUCUAUUCGAAAGUGGCAGUGUCCAUUACAAUCACCACCAUCACCAACGUCCUGGCCUUCUAUACAGGAAUUAUGACCUCUUUCAGGUCUGUACAGUACUUUUGCAUCUAUACGGGAACAACCCUGCUCUUUUGUUAUUUUUAUAACAUCACCUGUUUUGGAGCAUUUAUGGCCCUGGAUGGUAAAAGAGAAGUAGUCUGUCUACGCUGGUUGAAGAAGCCAGAAACUCCUGAGCAAAAAUGCCCCUCAUUAAAAAAGUCCUGCUGCCUCCCGUGUGAUUCUCUCCGAGAUGAACAUAAAGCUGAUAUCCAUCCAAUGAAUUUGUUCUUUAGAGACUAUUUUGGUCCUUUUCUCACAAGCACCGAGUCCAAGUUUUUUGUAGUGCUUUUAUACAUUUUGUACAUCAUAAGUAGUAUCUAUGGGUGUUUCCAAGUGCAGGAAGGUUUAGACCUUCGCAAUUUGGCAAGUGAUGACUCCUACAUCACACCAUAUUUUAACGUAGAGGAAGAACAUUUUUCAAGUUACGGUCCCAGGGUUAUGGUUAUUGUUACUGAAGCUCUUGACUACUGGGAUAAAGAUGCUAGGCAAAAAUUGGAAAAAUGUCUGGCAGAUUUUGAAAACAGUGACUAUGUAGAUAAAAAUCUUACAGAGUUUUGGUUACGCGAAUAUGUGAAAUAUAUGCAAAACCACCAUCAAGAUGUAAAUGAUAAGAUAACUUUUCUAAAAAAUAUUCCCAAUUUUCUGGUGGAUUUUCCACUUUUUAUGUAUGAUAUUAAUAUUACAUCAUCACAGGAUAUCAUUUGUUCCCGGGCCUUCGUUCAGACCAUGGAUGUUUCUUCUUCAACCAGUAAGAAGCUGAUGUUGCUCCAGUUCCGAAACAUGGCCGAAAAGUGUGAAAUUCCCCUAAUGGUGUAUAACCAGGCGUUCAUAUAUUUUGAUCAGUAUUCUGCAAUAUUAGAAAACACUGUUCGAAAUGUAAUUGUUGCAUCAACAGCUAUGUUCAUUGUUUCCUUAUUGUUAAUUCCUCAUCCCCUGUGUUCUUUGUGGGUCACUUUUGCUAUUGCUUCUGUGAUUGUGGGAGUAACAGGUUUCAUGGCAUUCUGGAAUGUCAAUCUUGAUUCCAUAUCCAUGAUUAAUCUUGUCAUUUGUAUAGGGUUUUCUUUUGAUUUUUCUGCACACAUUUCCUAUGCAUUUGUUUCCAGUUCAAAGCCCUCAGUAAACCAAAAAACCAUCGAGGCAUUGUAUCUGCUAGGCUACCCCGUAUUACAAAGUACAAUUUCAACAAUAAUAGGGGUGUGUGUCUUAUCUGCAGCUAAAGCAUACAUCUUCAGGACAUUUUUUAAGAUUAUGUUUCUUGUUAUGGUAUUUGGAGCUGCUCAUGGCCUAAUUUUUAUUCCAGUAUUCUUAACCUUUUUUUGAAAGUUUGUUUGACUAGCCACUAACAAAUCAAAGACCAAUUAUAGAAUUCCUGAUUGCCCCAAUCCAGUCUGAUAAAAAUGCACUAUUAAGAAUAGUCAGUAAACUAAAAACAAAGGCAUGUUUCCUUGGCUUGGAAAUCCCAUUUUAAAAUGUUAUUUAAAAUAUCCUGAGAAAAAUUAGUCUUACAUUAAAAUAUCUUUACUAAAUUAGGAAGUGUUGUCAUCUUUAUUAUGGUCUAUACAAGCAAGCAUAAGUAUAACUUUCCAGUUAUUUUUUCCUUUUAUUUCUUCAUUAGUAGUUUAUACCUGGAAUUCAGACAUUUUAUGCAUUAUACUAUAAAUGGAGUGUUAUUUUCGUUGUACUUCCCAUAUGCAAUAGUGUGUAAAAGUACAACUGAUUAUUAUUUAUUCUCCUAGUAUGGGGUUUUUUUUGCAUUUUCUUAGUGGUGUAUUUUGAUGAACUGAGGUUUUUAAAGUUUUGGAAUCUUUUUGCCUAGUCCAAGAUGACAAAAAAUUCAUCAGUGUUUUCUUCUCAAAGCUAGUAGUUUUAUUUUUACAUUCAGGUCUAUGAUUCAUAGACCUGUGUGUGUUGGGAAGUAUGGGUAGAGGUUCAUUUUCUUCCCAUUAUAGUUAUCCAGUUGUCCCAGCAUCAUUAGUGAAAAGACUAUCCUUUCACCAUAGGAUUAAUUUGCCACCUCUGUCAAAGAACCAAUUGACAAUUUAUGUGUGGCUCUAUUUUUGUGCAUUAAUCUGUCUGUAUUAAAGUGGACACCACACUGCAUUGAUUACUGAAGCUUUAUAUUAAUUAUUGAAAUUAGGUUAGGCAAGUUAUCCAACAUUUUUCCUCUUUUCCAAAUUGUUUUGGCUAUUCUAGGUUCUUUGCAUUUAGAUACAAAUUUUAGAAUCACUUGUCAAUUUAUCCAAAAGAAAAAAAAAAGGCUUCUGGGAUCAUGAUUGGGUUAUGGUGAAUCUACAGAUCAAUUUGAGGAAAAAAGAUAUCUUAGCAACAUGGAGUCUUCCAAUCUGUGAACAUGGUUUCUCUCUCCAUUUAUUUAUAUCUUCUUUAAUUUCUCUCAGGAAUAUGUUAUAGAUUUACAUAGAUUUACUUCUAAGGACAUUAAUUUUUUAUAGCAUUGUAAAUAUUUAAAAUCCCUUUUCCAUUUUUUUUACAUAAAAAUACAGUUGGUUUUGGUAUACUUAUGCUGUGUAAUCUUUUUAGGUUCAUUUAUUAGUUCAUGUAGAAUUGUGUAGUUUCUCUAGUAGUUUUUAUCUAUGCAAUUAUGUAAAGGUCACAUAAAGACCAUCUUAUUUCUCCCUACAAAACUUUAUCCCCUACUUAUUGCUCUGGCUUAAAAUGUUCAGUAAAAUGUGGGAAAAUGUACUAAAAGCAGACAUCACUGCCUUGUUCCCAGCUUUGUAAGGAAUGUGGUCAAUAUCUCAUCAAGUAUGAUGAUUACCUGGAAGUUUUUCAUAGCCAUCUUCUGUCAGAUUGUGGAAUCUCCUUUCUACAUCUAGUUUUCUGGGAUGUUUUAACAUGAAUGGGUAUUAAAUUUUGUCAAGUAAUUUCUGUCCAUUGACUGAGAUUAUUAUGUCUAUUUUUCUACUUUAAUGUGUGAAUCUAACAGUUUAUAUUGAAUGAUUUUUAAAUAUUAUACCAACCUUUAAUUCCUAGGAUGACUCACCUUUAGUCAUGGCAAGUUAUUAUUUUCAUAUAUUGCUGUUUUUGUUUUGUUAAUAUUUUGUCAUGAGGGAUACUGGUCUACAAUUCCCUUUUUUGUAAUGCCUUUCUCAGGUGUUGAUAUCAGGGUUCUGCUGCCCUUAGGAAACAAGCCAGUAAAUAUUCCUCCUCUUCUGUUUUCUGAAAUAUAUGAUGUAUAGUUGAUAUCAUUCUUUUAUUUCUUACUUAAAUAUUUGGUAGAAUUCAGCAGUGAAGUCUUCUGGGCAUGGAGUUUUUCUGGGAAGGAUCUUUUAUUUCAGAUUCACUUUCUUUAAUAAAUAGAAGGCCAUUCAGAUGUUCUUUUUCUUCUUGGGUCAAUUUUGGUGUGUUUUGUUUUAUAAGGAAUUUGCCUAUUUUGCUAACUGGCUAAUCGAUUAUUUUCUUUAUGUCUCUAGUGAUGUUCCCUGUGCCAUUCUUGAUAUUGGUAAUUUGUAUCAUAUACCUUUUAUUUCUUGAUUAAGGGAUUAUCAAUUUUAAUUAAAUUUUUCCAAGAACCAACUUUUGGCUUUAUUGAUUUUCUCUUUUAUUUCUCGAUUUGCUAAUUGAUUGAUUUCUACUCUUUAGUCCUUCUUCUUUUCUUUGACUUUAACUUUCUCUCCAUUUUCUAGCUUUUUAAGGUGGUAGGAUAAAUCACUGAUUUUAACAUUUAUUCUUUUCUAAGAAAGCUUUUAAUGCUAUAAAUUUCCUUCUAACUACUGUUUUAACUGUAUGCACAAAUUUCUGUAUGAGGGGUGUUCAUUAGCAUUCAUUUCAAAAUAAGCUCCUAUUUUCCUUGUGAUCUCUUUGACCAUGAAUCAAACAAUACAUUUAUUUUCUCUUCAUUUUUUAAGAAUAGUUUAACUGGAUAUAGAAUUCUAGGCUGAGAAGAUUAUUUUUCAUUCAGCACAUUAAAAAUGUCAUUGCAUUGUCUUCUGCAUGUUAUUUUUUCAAAUUAAUUUUUAUUGGAGUAUAGUUGCUUUACAAUGUUAUGUCAGUUUCUACUGUACAGCAAAGUGGAUCAGCUAUACGUAUACAUAUAUCCUUUCUUUUUUGGAUUUCCUUCCCUUUUAGGUCACCACAGAGCACUGAGUAGAGUUCCCUGUGCUAUACAGUAGCUUCUCAUUAGUUACCUAUUUUAUACACAGUAUCAAUGGUGUAUAUAUGUCAGUCCCAAUCUCCCAAUUCAUCCCACCUGCGCUUGGUGUCCAUAUGUUUGUUGUCUAUAUCUGUGUCUCUAUUUCUGUUUUGCAAAUAAGAUCACCUAUACCAUUUUUCUAUACGCCACAUACAUGCAUUAAUAUACAAUAUUUUUCUCUUUCUGACUUAAUUCACUCUGUAUGACAGUCUCUAGGUCCAUCCAUGUCUCUACAAAUUACCCAAUUUCAUUCCUUUUUAUGGCUGAUUAAUAUUCCAUUGUAUAUAUGUACCACAAAUUCUUGAUCCAUUCAUCUGUUGAUAGAUAUUUAGUUUGCUUCCAUGAUCUGGCUAUUGUAAAUAGUGCUGCAAUGAACAUUAGGGUGCAUGUGUCUUUUUGGAUUAUGGUUUUCUCUGGGUAUAUGCCCAGUAGUGGGAUUACUGGGUCAUAUGGUAGUUCUAUUUUUAGUUUUUUUAAGGAACCUCCACACUGUUCUCCAUAGUGGCUGUAUCAAUAUACACUUCUACCAACAAUGCAAGAGGGUUCCCUUUUCUGCACACCCUCUCCAGCACUUAUUAUUUGUAGAUUUUUUGAUGACGGCCAUUCUGACCGGUGAGAGGUGAUACCUCAUUAUAGUUUUGAUUUGCAUUUCUCUAAUAAUUAAUGAUGUUGAGCAUCUUUUCAUGUGUUUGUUGGCCAUCUGUAUGUCUUCUUUGGAGAAAUGUCUAUGUAGGUCUUCCGCUCAUUUUUUUUUUUUUCAUGUUGAGCUACAUGAACUGUUUGGAUAUUUUGGAGAUCAAUCCCUCAUCAAUUGCUUCAUUUGCAAAUAUUCUCUCCCCUUUACUGUUAUACUGAUCACUGUGCAAUAUGACUUUUUCCCCUCUAGCUUCAUUUAAGAUUUUUUUCUUUAGUACUGGUUUUCAGCAAUUUGACUGUGAUGAGAUCAUAUAUGGUGUUUUUUCUGUUCAAUCUUCUUAGGUAUCUUUAAUCACUGAGCACCUGUGGCUUGAUAUUUUCCAUCAUAUUUGGAAAAAUUUUAGCCUUUAUUUCUUCAAAUGUUUUUCUGCCACAUCAUCUCUCCCCUCUCCUUUAGCGACUUUAAUUACAAAUAUGUUCUCGUUAUUUUCAGUUGGUUCAUAAAAUUGUAACAGUCUCCAAGGUUGCAUUUUAUCAUUAAUAAAUUGAAAUUUAUUGACACCUUCAAUAAACUCUUCUCUGUAGCCCAUAUUUUAUUGAAAAAAUACUCUUUCUACACAUGGUAAGCUCAGGAAAAUUCUGCUCAGUGAAGGUACUUAAUUAUGCUUUUAUGUAUGGAAAUGUUUAAAUAUUUUAGUCCCAAUAUUUUCAUCAUACUGUCCAUUUUUAUUUCAUUGAGACUGUCAUUCUUAGACAAAUAUUUUUAUAACAAAACCCAUCAACUAUGUUGUCUCUAUUUCUAAUUAUCUUGAAUAUUUUGCCAAACACAAUAGAGAUGUCACAAAAUAAUAGGGCUUUUCAAUUUCAUUCUAUUCAUUACAGAAUGUAAAUUUAUCCCCCAAAUGGAAGCUCAUACAAAAGUUCUUCUCACAAGUUAUGAAAUUACAAAGCACAAUUAUAAAAUUUCAAUCAGGUACACUGUUUGAACUCCCCUUAUUUGAUUUGGUCAUUUCCUUCCUCACUUUUGUAGUGACAGAUUCAAUGACUUCCUAUUUAUACACCAUGUUUUCAAGAACUACAAUUUGCUAAAGGCUGCAAAACUUUUAAGUUUCUAUGGUUUUCCAUUCACUGAACACUUUGAUUAAAGAUUCACAACUGAUUUUGAACAUACUGCAACAAAAAAGAAUGGAAGACAUUCACAAACUAGCUCAAUAAUUUUGUAGGGCACUAGAUUGAUUGAUUUUCAAAGUAGCUCUUCAAAGAAUCAAACAUUUGUAAAAUCUGUCUGAUAUUGGGCAACUAAGAAGAACAAGUGUGUACUGUCAUGCUUGAGUAUUUUUAAUUCAACCUCAACGUAAUCGCCAAAUAUUUGUCGUUCACUUACUUUAGGUGUUUUUAUUAGCUCAUCUCCUCCUUCUUCAUGUAUUCCUCAGAUGUAAUCUUUGGCAAUCCAUUCAUAUUUACAAAUGAAGCCUAUUUUGCCUAGUAUAGAUCAUUGAUACAUUUCCCAUGCAAUUGUUAAUUCUGUCUCCAGCAGCCAAAACUGGUUUCUACUAUUGUCCUGGUAUACCACCUAUUUUAAGUUUGUCCUGGAUGUCUUGUUUUAAAUGUAUUAUUAUUAUUAAGAGAUGAAUUAAAAUAA